UCGAUAAAAGAAAAACCCACUUAACCAAAAAAAAAAAAAAAGAGUUAGGGAUUGAGAGAAAUUAGGGUAGGGUUUUUGGAGUUUGAGUUUGAUCUCUAGUGAUUCCAUCUUCAAUUUGGGAUUUUUGUUUUUUGUUUUUUGUUUUUUGUUUUUUGGAGAUGUACAUAUCUUCCAUGCGAAAAUCAUUCAAGGACUCUCUCAAAGUGCUCGAAGCUGAUAUUCAGCAUGCCAAUACUCUGGCUUCGGAUUUUCCACGGGAGUACGAUGGCGCCUGCCUUCAAAUGAGGAUGUCCUACAGUCCAGCCGCGCACCUCUUCCUUUUUCUGGUGCAAUGGACCGACUGCAACCUCGCUGGAGCUCUUGGACUGUUGAGAAUUCUGAUUUACAAGGUUUAUGUGGACGGCACAACCACCAUGUCUACUCAUGAAAGGAAAGCAAGUAUUAGAGAGUUCUAUGCUGUAAUUUAUCCUUCUUUGCUUCAACUUCAAAAAGGUGUCACUGACACAGAAGAUAAGAAGCAGAAGGCUGUAUGUAUGGAAAGGUACAGGAGACGGGAUGACGAUGAGAAUCGACAGUUUUCGGAUAUAGACAUUGAAAGAGAAGAAGAAUGUGGUAUAUGCAUGGAGACAAAUAGUAAGAUUGUGUUGCCCAACUGCAACCAUGCUAUGUGCCUGAAAUGUUACCGGGAAUGGCGGACAAGAUCACAGUCAUGCCCUUUUUGUCGCGACAGUCUUAAGAGGGUGAACUCGGGUGAUCUCUGGGUAUUUACCGACUGCAGAGACAUAGUUGACAUGGCAACGGUGACUAGAGAGAACCUGAGGAGGCUGUUCAUGUACAUAGAUAAGUUGCCUCUUAUCGUUCCUGAUAACCUUUUUGACACUUACGAUUCCCAUCUAAGGUGAUUAGUAACAACCAAAAUCCACCAUCUCUGUGGCAUUUGAAUGGACUAGUUCCUCUUCUUUUGCUUACCAUAAGGACCGAAUAUUUUUCGGCAAAAAUUUAGAUUGGUUUCUUCCCACUUCUGAUGAGAAGAAGCCAGCCAGAUUUAUUGUUGGCUGGUGGGUGAAGAUAAGAUAGUCUAUAAAAUUGUAUCUAAAAGCACAAUUUGUACAUGCUUGUACAGCUCUGAAGUUUGCAUAUAUCA